AGCGUGCGUAGAUAGCCUAGUUUGGUUCAAAGUAUUCAUUGUACCGAGCUACCGGCAUUCGUAAUCGGGAGAGCGUCGCAUCAUGUUGUUAUUAACUUUGUGGUCAGUGUUGUGCGUUGCGUCGGUUCAAGCCAGACCGAAUAUUGUGAUCUUCCUUGCUGAUGACUUGGGAUGGAACGACGUUGGCUUCCAUGGCUCGAACCAAAUCCCAACACCAAACAUCGACGCGCUUGCAUAUUCUGGCCUCGUGCUGCAGAACUACUACGUGACUCCAAUAUGCACGCCUUCGAGAGCUGCACUAAUGACCGGAAAAUAUCCUAUACACACAGGAAUGCAACACACCGUCAUUCGAGGUGAAGAACCGAGAGGUCUCCCUCUGUCAGAGAAAAUACUUCCACAGUACUUGAAAGAUCUAGGUUACAAAACACAUUUAGUAGGAAAAUGGCACUUAGGACAUUACAAGAGGGAAUACCUUCCUAUGAGUCGAGGUUUUGACACACACCUAGGAUUUUGGACCGGAAAAAUUGAUUUAUAUGAUCACACAAAUAUGGAAACUGGCACUUGGGGCUUCGAUUUCAGAAGAGGUUAUGAGGUGGCGUACGACCUCUUCGGAAAAUAUGCGACAGAUAUUUACACAAAUGAAGCAGUCAAGCUUGUUGAGGCCCAUAAUAAAAGUGAGCCUCUGUUCUUGAUGGUAGCACACUCAGCGAUGCACAGUGGAAACCCCUCGGAGUUUUUGAGAGCGCCAGACGAAGUUAUUGACAAAUUCUCACACAUAAAAGAUACACAGAGGCGCAAAUAUGCAGGAAUGCUUACCAAACUCGAUGUAUCUGUCGGCAAAGUGGUAAUGUCAUUGAGGAAAGAAGGAUUAUUAGAGAACACGAUAAUUCUGUUCAGCACUGACAAUGGCGGGCCAGCUGCAGGUUUUAACAACAAUGCCGCUUCUAACUACCCUUUGAAAGGAGUGAAAAAUACUCUCUGGGAAGGCGGUGUACGUGGUGCGGCUCUGUUAUGGAGUCCUCUUAUAAAACAACCUUCACGAGUCGCGAAUCAAACGCUCCAUAUUGCUGAUUGGUUACCUACUCUGUAUAGUGCUGCAGGAGGUGAAACAAGUGUUUUUAAAAAUCUCGACGGAUUCGACUUAUGGGAAGCACUAUCCAAUGACCUACCAUCUCACAGGACCAAAAUAGUACAUAACAUAGAUGACAUUUUCGGAUCAGCAUCCAUUACUGUGGACAAUUGGAAAUUGCAUAAAGGCACAAACUACAACGGCACAAAGGACUACUGGUACGGACCUGCUGGUCGGGACGGCGAAUAUUCCUUUGACUUGCUGUACAAAAGCGACGCAGCUGUAGCUAUCAACAACAUUACUGCAUUGCCAAAUAAAGAAAGAAUUACGAGUAUUAGAGACGCAUCAACUAUAAAAUGCAAUAACGGUAAACCAAUCAACGAAUGCAAGCCGCUUAAAGCACCGUGCCUAUUUGAUAUAGACGAAGAUCCUUGUGAGCUUAAAAAUUUAGCUGACGAGAAGCCUGAUAUUCUUCAAGCAUUACUAUCGGAAUUGGAGAGGGUGAAUGCGACAGCAGUGCCGCCCAAUAAUCAAGAUUUAAAUCCCCGAGGUGACCCAAAGUACUGGGGACGUGUAUUUACAAAUUUUGGUGAUUAUAUACACUUAGAAACUCCUGUUUAAUUCAGGGCACGUGCCCUAUAUCAUUUAAUGACAGAGCUGGCAUUUCCUUGUUUGAAGCGAAAAGGAAUACCUAAUACUCAGAGGUGGAUUUAAAUUGGUGAGCGCCCUGGGCAAGCACCGAAUAGGCACUCCUGUAACUUGUAACUUUAGCUUUAGGAUCUGUGUCAAAACCCGAGUCAGUGAUUUUUAAAGUUGUUUUUAUGUAAUUACCGUAAGUACAAUAUAAUUAUAAUUAUUCCUAAUACUUACUUACCUUAGCUGAGUAUUAGGUACUUACAUUCUAAAUCCCGAAUAAAAGAUUUGCAUAUCUUUAGUAUGAAUACCUAAGGUUCGUUAAUUCGUUACAGAAUCUAGGCAACAACGUUGUACCGAAAAACAUGCGCUGUGGUCUUUUAAAAAAGGUCACUUUGUAGGCAAUGUUAGCAAAUUUUCAAAGAAUUAAGAAAAUAGUAUUUAUGUUUAUAUAACUAUACAAAUAGCGUAAUUGUUUUAAUGUGAC